CAUAUUGACUUCACCAAAAUGCUAGAAUUCCUGUCAAUUAUUUAUUUACCUUUAAAAUUUUUCAUUUUCUUUUGGUGAAGACAGCUAAAUGAUAUCAUUCCUUGAUACUUGUUUUGAUCCAUUUUGUUGGGGUUGGGGAUAACAUUCAGAUCCUUUUAAGUAACUUCAUCUCAUAGUCAUUGUAUCCUCAAUUGUUUCCACCUUAAUUUUGUGAACAUCUAUUCUUACUCUCGUUCUGAAUUGUCACUUAUCCAUCUCAAUAUAUCUGAAGAGCAGGGAUGAAUUCUUUUGUUCAGUGCUUAUUUAUUUAUUGACUUGGUUCUUUAUUGCUUGUUUCCUCAAUUCCUCAACAUGCUUAUGGAUGGUUGAUGCAUUUCAUUUUCAUAUGGCUGCUAAUUUGAAUAAGUUCCUCCUUUUCUUCUCCAACUGGCUUUUUCUUGGGGAGGUAGAGUGGUUUCCACUUAUACAUUGUUCUAUAACCAUAAGUUCUUCUGGAUUAGGUUGCUUUACUGAAGAGUGUUCCCCUACGCUUAUAUGUGAACUUUUUGGCCUUCAAUGGUAUAUCAUUCAACACCAGCUUAGACUGGACUAAUGUGAGUGUUUCCUUGCAAAACUGGUGCUCAUGAUAGCAAUGCAUAUCAACCAACCUUUUUUACUUUUCUUCCCAGAAAAAUUUUAAUUUCCAGCUGGAAGUAUCUAAUGCCAAAUUUGUUCUUGGAAUCCUGCUAAGAUUGGUCGCUUGCAUUGUCUAUAUCCAUGGUGGGAGGAAGCGACUGUGAAUUUUAUGAUUAGUGGUGGUUAUAAUAUCAGUCAAAAGAUUGAGCAGGUCAAGCAGAAGACACUUAUCAUAUGGGGUGAGGAUGACCAGAUUAUUAGCAACAAGCUUGCAGUGAGAUUGCAUUGUGAACUGCCAAAUGCAACUAAACGCCAAGUAGCAGAUUGUGGCCACCUUCCUCAUGUAGAAAAGCCAAAAUCUGUUGCAAGAUUAAUCUCAGAAUUUGUUAGGGAUUGUUGCCACGAAGACACUUGUUGCAUUUAAUUAAAUAAAAUUUCUUAUU